AUGCCUGCCGCGGCCAUGCCCGGCGGGGGUGCCGCCGCCCCUCGGCAGACCCCCCUGCUCGGACUGAUGGUCAUGCUCCUGGCCAGCCUCAUGGCCCUGGCCGCCGGCCAGCAGCCGGCCCUGCCGACCAGCGACUAUUGCAAUGGCCCAGGCGAGACCGCCUACUCCGGGGGCUGUUACCCGGCCCUGCGGCGCUGCCAGCGGUCCAUCUACACCCAGGCCGACCUCAUCUGCACCCAGUACAAGCCGGAGUACCACACGGUCGAUGGGUUUGGCUUCCUGGCGGAGGAGCUGCCGGACCUGGCGGUAUCCGGGGCCGGGCUCGUGCAAAUCGGCCCGGCCGACUGCUGGAACGUGGUGCCCGGCAAUUACCGGCGGUGCGCCGUGUGCCGGUUCCAGGCGGCCGGCGACGGCCUCUGCCGGCCGGAGCCCCUGGCCCAUGCCCAAUGCACGGCCCUGGCCCACCCCCACAUCAAUGAGGACUGCGCGGCGUGCGCGCCCGGGCACUGGCUGGACCUGGACCGCCGGUGUGUCGACACCUGCCCGGCGGCCAGCCACCUCGCCUGCGGGGCCCACUGCAUCCCGCGGCACCGGGUGCCGGGCGGCUUCGAGUGCGCCGCCUGGCCCAUGGCCACCAUGGCCCCGUCGGACGAUGAGCCGGCCGGCCGGCCGGAGCACCGGCACCUGCUCCGUUCCGGGUCCCAGGCCCAGCCGCGCGACCACCCGGCAUGA